UGCAAAACAAUUUUUAUUGAUGACCGAAAAAGCUACAUAUGCAUAUGGCGAAAAAAUAUGCUCAUGGUUAUCGUUGAAACAUGAUAUGAGCAAACCACAACAGAUAUCACUUUUAAAUGAUAAGAAAAUCGUUCAAGUAGAUUCUGGCAGGGAUAUUGUCUCCAUUCUAACUGAUGAUGGACAAGUAUUCAUAGCCAGCGAUGUUAAAUCUAAAUGGGAUACGAAUGAAACAUUACGAUUAAUCAACACCGGUAAUGACUGUUUCAAGAUGAUUGCUUGUGGAAGGGGGCAUUUAUUAAUGCUACGACAAGAUGGUCAUGUUUUCGCUAUGGGUGAUAAUAGUUAUGGUCAAAUAACUGGUAAUGAAAAAUCAUCAUUUGAAAGUAUGAUCCACAUUGCUAAACUAGAAAAUGUCGAGCUCAUAGUUUGUGGACGGUUUCAAAGUUUAUCAAUAGCCAAUAAUGGAGAGAUUUAUUCCUGGGGCCUUAAUGAAUUUGGUCAAUUAGGUCUUGGGGAUGAAAAAAACCGAAACAUCCCAUGUCUUAUUCCAUUUCCAAAUGAUGAUUUAAUCGAUAUCCGAAUUAAAGAUAUUGUGGCUGGCAUGUAUCAUUCAUUAUUUUUAUUCGAAAAUGGUCAGCUUUGGGGAUGUGGUUCUAAUAAAUAUGGUCAACUUGGUCUUGGUGAUGAUAUUAAACGAUCAAAGUUGACGAAAAUACCGAUUGAAAAUGUACAACAAAUUGCAUGUUCAAAAUUCGACUGCUUUUCAUUGGCAUAUGAUGGAUCAUCGUAUUAUGCAUGGGGCAGAAAUAGCAGCUGGUCAUCACCUAAAAAAUUGGAUUAUCAUCCGACAUCAUUUGCUUCUGCAUCGACAAUGAUUCUAUCAUCCCCACUAACAUUUGGCCUCACAUCAACAAUCUAUGAAUUCGGAUCACAUGAUUCAAUAUCGUACCAAUGCAAAUCAAUCAUCCAAUUAUUCGAUAAUCAGGAUAGUUAUGAUGUGGAAUUUUUGAUUGACAAAAAACGUAUCAAGGCGAGUAAAUGUUAUCUCAAAUCUGUAUCGGAAUAUUAUCGACGAAUGUUUUCCGGAAAUUGGACUGAAAAUGAUCAAGUAACCAUCGACGAUUAUUCGUAUGAAACAUACUAUGCAUAUUUACGUAUGUUACAUACGGGUAAAAUUUAUAUUACUCGUCAAAAUAUAACCGAGCUUGUUGAUUUGGCCAACUGUUAUGGCGAUGAAAAAUUGAUGAAAUAUUGUCAAACAUUUAUACGGAAUGAUCUAAAUGAACAUACUAUGUCCACAUAUUCUUCAUUAAUUGAAAAAUACGAAAUGAAGAAAUUGUACGAUAAACUCGCUCACCUUACUAUCGAACAAGUGUUACCAAAUGUUACCCACAGUAUUCUUCAAAACAAUGAAAAAUGCAUUAAAUUUCUUAAAUCAAUUUACGAUCAACAACUAUUGUUUCAAACGGAUAUGAAUCAUUAAUUCAGUUCUUGUAAAAAAAUACAUACAUCACAUUUGGUCUCACCAAUAUCAUAGAUUAGACAACAACGUUUCAACUUGAGUCAAUAGACUCGACUGAUUAAUAUCAAAAAAUGUCUUGUUUUUUGUUUCCUGUAUUCUUGUUUGUCGUCUGGUG